AUGGCUGCCCGUCGCUCCAACGGCUUUGGACCCCUGCUCCUCUUCGCCGCCGCUUGCUGGCUAGUGGACCUCUGGGCGUCCAGCACACUGCCGCGCGACUUAGCUUUGGUCAUCGCCGAAGAUCCUCCCCAGAAUGUCGUGCUCCCGCAGCACGAGGACGCCGGCUUCUUCACCAAGGUCUUUGCUGCUGCCGCGCAGGGUUGCACCGCCGCCCUGGUGGCGGCUGUCCUUUCCGCCAUGUGUGAGCCGGUGGUGAACCGCUUGCUGGUGAAGCGCAUGACGGUCUCUGAGGCCUACGCGGAGAUGACCCUCAGCCUCGUUGCCACUUACUUCUUCACCACCUUCCCGACGAAUAUGCUGAAGUUUCCGGUCUUCGAGGUGAUCAACAGGGCCAUGACUUUCACAGACUUCUCGCCGGGAGUCAGUGGCCUGAUCAGUGGUUGGCUGUUCUGUACCAUCAUGCUUCCGGUGACAAACUACCGCUUCCGCAAGAGCAUGGGUUGGGAGAUCAAAGCAUCGCUGCUGUACCAGGCUUACAUUCCCACGGUCGCCCGCGACAUUAUGUACGGCUGGGCACGUGGAAUGUCCGGAGAUUGGCUGCAGGACACCAUCGCCCCGGUCACCUUCACCCACAAGGCCAUGGUCUUUGGCCUAACGAUCUGGGUAUCUUGCAUCAUUUCAUCUCCUUGCAAUGAAUGGCGAGGGUACACACUGCAGCUACCAGAAAGAAAGCUGCCUUUCAACAUCUACUUCAGGCCCAUCAACUAUGCCCGAUCUACAGGAAUCGGCUCUUGCAUCAUGGGCAUUGCAUUGAUGUUUGGCAUGCUGGUGACGCCUUACGCAGAGGAAGUCUUCACCCACAUGAAGGAACAUGCGGCCAUUGCUCUCAGCAUUGUUGCGGUGCUCGUCAUGGCGAUCGUGAUCAGUUUCGACAUGCUGACGGUCAUCCAGAAGGAGCAGAAGCUGAGCUCUUACUCGCUGAAUGCCGUCUCAGCCGAGUUCUUGGGGGAGCAGAAGGAGGAUGUGCACCACAGCAUGAUCGGCGACCUCUUCCUGGGCAGUGCUGAAAGCCGACGACGUUUAGCCGUCUACUGCUUGAAGGAUGCGUACUUGCCCAUGCGCCUUAUGGACAAGCUCCUAUGCAUGUACAACUAUGUCGAGAUGGCGCGCGUGACGGGCACGCCGAUCAACUUCCUGCUGAACCGGGGGCAGAUGAUUAAAGUCCAGUCGCAACUCCUUCGCAAGGCGGGGCAGUGUGGCUUCGUGAUGCCGACUCAGAAAACGGAGGCUGUCGAUGGCAAGUUUGACGGUGCCACGGUGCUGGAGCCACGCACAGGAUUCUACCCCCAGCCCAUUGCGACACUGGACUUCGCGUCCCUGUAUCCUUCAAUCAUGAUGGCGCACAACCUUUGCUACUGCACGCUCCUGAAGCCCGAGCAGGUCCGAGAUCUUCAGCCGGAGGAGUAUAUCAAGACGCCCAACGGCUGCUACUUUCUGAAGAGCUCUCGCCGAAGAGGGCUCCUCCCGAUGAUUUUGGAGGAGCUGCUGGCAGCACGAAAGCGCGCGAAGAAGGCGAUGGCGGAAGCCACCGAUCCCCUCACGAAAUCCGUGCUCAACGGCCGACAGCUGGCGCUGAAGAUCUCGGCAAACUCAGUCUACGGCUUCACAGGCAGGCCCCAGUCCGAGUCCAUGACGUAA